GGUUUUUUACUUUCACUCCCAUUCUUACAAUAGACCUUGAGAACAUUUUCAUAUAAGCGGAUUGGAUUUCUGAAAAGGUACCACUUCGCGGUAGCAAUAUAUUGUUUCCGACGUGAGCCAUGGAUCGAAGCCGAAUAUUGAUUGUUACGCUGAUGGCAUUAUUACUUCACAGUGAAACAUUGAUAUCAACCGCAGACCCUGUAGCCUACCAGAUUAUACGUGAUUUAAUUCAAUAUAACGUCGCAGGUCCACCUGUUUUUCACGAGACAACAUACUGGGACUUUGACCCAGAGGCCGGCAAACAAAGGAGAAUCCAAUACGAACGGGAUAAUGGACGUUUCGGAGAAUAUGCAAUAGCCAAAUUAGGAACUAUGGAUUUAUGGAAGAACGGUCGCGAGAAGUUGAAAGAUGAAACUAGCAAUCGUUCCAGGUGAAGUAAUCAUUGCAUGUAGUACAAAGUUUCCAAGAACUUUCACCAUGUCGAGAUGUCGGGGAAAGAAUUAGGAUGGUAGGGGAAUGAAGAAAUUCAGACAGAGUUUUGACGAAAGACUAAAACGUCGGACGCAGUGACGUGAUCGAUAUCUUGUAGUAUCAAGUUGUUAAACUGUGUUGUUUUAAUAAAAAAAAAAGCA